GGAAGACACACACACACACACGCGCUGAGAGAGAGAGGAGACUAGGGAGAGUAACUCACGAAUGCGCACGAGGAAUGAUCCGCUUCUAGACUAUGGCACCGUCAGGCCCGCGUAGUAUCAAGCGGGGCUGUCAGAGAGUUCUGUACUGGAUCCCGGUCCUCUUCAUCGUCCUCAUAGUAGCUUGGUCAUACUACGCAUACGUUUUGCAGCUUUGCAUAGAGUCCAUCGAAGACACGGGAGAAAAGGUUGUGUACUUGCUGGUGUACCAUGUCUUUUUCAUCAUGUUUGUGUGCACGUACUGGCAAACCAUCUUCACCAAGCCCAUGAAUCCCCUGAAGGAGUAUCACCUGUCCUGCUCUGACAAGGAGCUGCUGGAGCGUGAAGAUCGAGGAGAGUCUCAGCAGGAGAUCCUGAGGAGGCUAGCCAAGGAUCUGCCCAUCUACACCCGCACCAACUCUGGGGCAAUCCGUUUCUGUGACCACUGCCAUCUGCUGAAGCCUGAUCGAUGCCACCAUUGUUCAGUCUGUGAUAAGUAUGGCUCUCUGCUCAUGCACCUAGAGAAAAGGCCACACAGUAUAUUGCAUUCUGGCAGGCAGAGUAAGAUUCAAUUACACUUCUGUCUGACCCUGCUGUGUUACAGAUGCAUCCUGAAGAUGGAUCACCACUGCCCCUGGGUGAACAACUGUGUGGGAUUCUCCAACUACAAGUUCUUCAUGCUGUUCUUGGCAUAUUCACUACUCUACUGCCUCUUUAUAACUGCUACCGAUCUUCAAUAUUUCAUAAAGUUUUGGAUGAAUGGCCUCCCCGACAGUCAAGCAAAGUUCCACAUCCUGUUUCUCUUCUUCUCGGCCUCUAUGUUCUCAGUCAGCCUCGCUUCACUUUUCAUCUAUCACUGCUGGCUUGUCUGUAAAAACAGAUCCACUCUCGAGGCUGUGCGUGCCCCAGUGUUUCGUCACGGCACAGAUAAGAACGGUUUCAGUCUGGGCUUCAAUAAGAACUUCCGUCAGGUCUUUGGUGAUGAAAUUAAAUACUGGCCUAUUCCUGUUUUCUCCAGUUUAGGUGACGGUUGCUCGUUCCCAACCUGUCUGGUGAAUCUUGACCCUGAGCAGCCCUCUUCACCCACCGGUUCUAACUCUGCCAGCAAGGGUGCAGCAGAGGGCCGCCAGUUCCCGUCUAAGCCCCUGAGAGAGAGUCAGAGUCGACUGCUCACCAGCACUCCCUCCUGGACAGAGAGUGACAAUACAACAAACACAGACAAGAAGGGUGCCAGCAACCCAGGGAUGACCAUAGAAAAUGAGGCAUAAUCAGACGUAGAGCUGACUCCUAUCCAGAAAAGCAAGUUUACGGUGAACUAUAGCCUCCACAUAUCAAGAUAUAAAAUCAUUUGUGUUUAAUCCCAAGGGUCUCUGUUGCCCCCUCCUCAGUGUUUGUGCCUAUUAGAACGUGACGUGGUGGUGACUUCAUCGAUUCGUUGUUUUCCCAUAUUGCACCUUGAUUCUGAGCGGUUUACAUGACUGAAAGAAACCAGAGAAAAAUGAACAGUAACUGUCGUCAGUAUCACUAUUGCUGUCAUAAGUAAGACUAUCUGCUGCUGUCUGAAAGUGUUUGGGCCUCAGACUGGAUAAAACAACUGCAUUCCAAUAAUCACAUUUCCAUUUCCACAGACAUGUUUUUGCACUUUCUGUACUGUGAAGUCAAUCUGAGCUGCUGUUGUAUGUCACAGUUCAUGUCUCAGAAUUACCUACAGUUUAUUUGUUUAAUGUUACUUUCACAGCUUAUAAAUGCUGUUAUGUUGCCAAACAUUUGUACUCGGCUGAUAGAUUAGUGGUGGU